CUUCUGUAGGAUUUGAAAAAAGAAGAACAAAAACAGAACGAGAGAGUAAAAUGGGAAAGUUGGAAGAGAAGAAAACAAAUUCAAAAUCAUUUUGACUGUAGGGCUGUUCCCUGUUUCCUCCAAAGUCUCAACCAAUCCAUCAUCCAUUCAUCCAUCCAUCAUCAAUCCAUCCACCAAAUUGCCAACCAAAGACUGCCCAUCUCCGCUCUCAGCAACAACAGCUCAAUCCCCAUUACCCUUCCCAACCCCAAACCCCAAACCCACCAACCCCAGCCUCUCAAAUCUCCUUCCAAGAACAACCCACUUCACCUCCUGCAAUGUCUCUCCGACCCACCACCCGUACCGAUGUCCGCAAGAAGUCUUACAAGACCGGGGUCGAUGCCGAUGAGGCUAGAAGGAGGAGAGAGGACAAUCUUGUUGAGAUCAGGAAGAACAAGCGUGAGGAUAACUUGCUAAAGAAGAGGAGAGAAGGGCUUCUCUUGCAUUCCCAGCAAUUGCUUGAUGCUGCUCAGAAUGCUGUCGCUGCCGAGAAGCGUUUGGAGAGUAUUCCUGUAUUGGUACAAGGGGUGUGGUCUGCUGAUACAGCAGGGCAGCUUGAAGCCACUACCCAAUUUAGAAAGCUAUUGUCUAUUGAGCGUAGCCCUCCAAUUGAUGAAGUAAUCAAAGCUGGUGUAGUUCCCAAGUUUGUGGAGUUUCUUGGAAGGCAUGAUCUACCCCAGUUGCAAUUUGAAGCAGCAUGGGCCUUGACCAAUAUUGCAUCUGGAACAUCAGAGCAUACACGAGUUGUCAUUGACCAUGGUGCUGUCCCUAUUUUUGUACAGCUUUUGAGCUCAGGCAGUGACGAUGUCAGGGAGCAGGCUGUGUGGGCCUUAGGUAAUGUUGCUGGUGACUCUCCAAGUUGUAGGGAUCUUGUUCUUAGCCAUGGUGCUCUAGUGCCGUUACUUGGUCAACUAAAUGAGCACUCAAAAUUAUCCAUGCUGAGGAAUGCAACAUGGACUUUAUCUAAUUUCUGUCGUGGGAAGCCCCCAACUCCUUUUGAUCAGGUGAAACCUGCUUUACCAGUUCUAAGGCAACUGAUCCACUUGAAUGAUGAAGAAGUUCUAACAGAUGCCUGCUGGGCUCUCUCCUACCUAUCAGAUGGCCCAAAUGAAAAAAUUCAGGCUGUCAUAGAAGCAGGAGUUUGCCCAAGACUUGUGGAGCUUCUGCUUCACCAAUCACCAUCAGUUCUGGUGCCAGCUCUUCGAACAGUUGGAAACAUUGUUACUGGUGAUGAUGCUCAGACGCAGUUUGUGAUUGACAACCAAGUUCUACCUAAUCUCUAUCAACUUCUCACUCAAAAUCACAAGAAAAGCAUCAAGAAAGAAGCUUGUUGGACAAUCUCAAAUAUCACGGCUGGAAAUAGAGCUCAGAUACAGGCAGUUAUCGAGGCAAAUAUAAUCCUUCCUCUUGUUCAUCUCCUCCAACAUGCAGAAUUUGACAUCAAGAAGGAGGCUGGGUGGGCUAUUUCCAAUGCCACCUCGGGAGGAUCUCAUCAGCAGAUUCAAUUUUUGGUGACUCAAGGCUGCAUCAAACCGCUCUGCGACCUUCUAACCUGUCCGGAUCCAAGAAUCGUGACAGUGUGCCUGGAGGGGCUUGAUAAUAUACUCAAGGUUGGGGAAGCUGACAAGGACAUGGGAAUGAAUGGAGGAAUAAACAUCUAUGCACAAGCCAUCGAUGAGUGUGAAGGACUUGAUAAGAUCGAAAACUUGCAGAGUCACGACAACAACGAAAUCUACGAGAAGGCGGUGAAGAUGUUGGAGAGAUACUGGGCGGAAGAAGACGAGGAGCAGGAGCAGAACCCACAGCAGCAGAAUGGAGAUGCGAAUCAACACGGGUUUGCAUUUGGUGCAAACCAGCCAAAUGUUCCACCUGGUGGGUUCAAGUUUGGUUGAAAUGGGUAGGGUUUUUGUGAAACUGUUAUAUCAAAAGAUUUGUUGUAGGCCCCUUGGUGUCUUGUUUCUUUCUUGAUUGGUUGGUUGGUGUAGUGAAAGGGUUCAACUUUUAUGAUGUUUUAGCUUGUUUGGUUCACAAGGGUCAGGGUUUUUGAUCUGGUCCAUGGUUGUUACUUCUAUGGAGUUUUGCCCUUAAUUUUUUUCUUUUUGGUCAGCCAAAGCCUUAUCUAUGUCAAGCCUUUUUUUCUCCUUUCUUUUUAGUACUAUAUAUACAUAUAUAAUAUUGCUUUUUUCAUAAUCCAAAACUUAACUUUGUAUUUACACAGAACAUA